UUGAAAAUUACACCUGAGACAUGCAUUUCUUCCUGUAUCAGAACUAAAGAACUUCUUUUCAAGAGGCCCCAAAUAAACAAAAUUGGUGCAACCCAACCCAUUGGUGAUGUUGAAGAAUCACAAAACCACACUGGCGAGCCUUUGGGAGACGACUACAAAAAAAUGGGAACACUUUUUGGUGAACUGAAUAGAAGCCUCCUCGACAUGGGCUUUACAAGGAUGUAUUUUGGGGAACGCAUUGUGGAACCAGUGAUGGUCAUUUUCUUUUGGGUUAUGCUGUGGUUCCUUGGCCUGCAAGCCCUUGGACUAGUAGCUGUUCUUUGCCUCGUCAUUAUUUAUGUGCAGCAGUAAAAUGUGGCCAAAUGAGCUGUUGUUUGACAUUUGGUAGCCAUAUAUGUAAUAAUCAGUGAAGUUACAUAUUUCACUACACAAAAGCUGAAAAGUUUGCCUUGUUUCAAAUUGUGUGCUAUUUUGUAGUUAAAUUUAUAAGUGGAUGUUUAAAAUUAAACUCAACUCUUGAUUAUAAUACAGUUGAAUAUACACUUUGUAGCUUAUUCAAAACUCUUGUUUUACUACUGUGAUCUGUUUUUAAACAUCCCUAUUCCCAUGCCAAAUCUUAAGUAACACCACCAAAAAGUGAGCAGACAAAAUAACAGGAUAUGGAAUUCAAAUCGGACAAUGUAAGUCUUGUAAAGAGCUCCAAUAAAACAUUUUAGACGAAAACGGAUGAAACAGGGAGCUAAAAAUAAAUUUUAAUUGGAGAAUUGUUCCCCACCCUCUCCAAAUUAUUUGGGAAAUAAUUUGGAUUUCUAUCACCCCUGCUCAGCCCUAACCAAUAAAAUGAUAAUUACUAUACACUACGUAAAUAUUUGGAUGAAAAUCAGUACAGCUAGCACAUCUUCUAAAGAUCUAAAGGAAUACAGUUAUAUUGCUGGGUAAACUUCCCAAGUGAAAUGUAACUUUUCAAUGAUGUAACACUUGGGCCCGGAAUCACUUCAGUGUAUCAUUUGAGUUUUAGGCAAUUUUGGUGCUAAUUACUUUUUGUGAAUUUUUAGAGUCUCAUAAGCCAGGUCCAUAGUUGGCUGAACCCCAUGGCAAUGUUGUAUUUUUUGGUAUCUAACAAGUUGCAUACUUUUUCCUACAGAGACAUUUUCACUGUAUUUUUUCCAAAAAUGUAUCUUUUAUAGCUCUUUUAUAGCAAUUAUUCUAAGAUUUAAAAAAUCUAUUUCUUAUCUUGGCAUAAUUUUUUCCCCCAAAACAUUGAUUUGUAUUAUAGCUGAAAUUUUGCUAUUCUUUUAAAGAAAAAAGUGAGCUUGCUUUCUUUGAUAUCUGUAUUGGAAAGUACAGUAUUGUAGUAGAAAAACAAAUGCUUAAGUGUGGAACUUAACAGCCUAUUGUAAUAACAUUCCUGUAAGGCUAAAGCCAAGUCUGUAAUUGGCCAUUUUAUUAAUGCAUCUUGAUGCAGCACUUCGGGAUUUUACAUGGAAAUAAGCAUUCCUUUAAGUAUACUUUGAAAAUGGAAUGUGACCUACUGACAUUUUGAAUUUUGAUGGUGAACCUGAAAUCUUGACACUUUCCUCUCAGCAACUUUCGCUAUAAACAAAGGGGGGGGGUAGUUAAGAUAAUUAUCUAAAAAUUUGGGUUAAAUCAGAGGCAAAUGGGGCAUUUUUAUCUUUGGCAGGGCAAUAACUAAAGCAUGUAAAAAAGUGUUUACUAUUCCAAUUUGUCAAGUUUUUACCCGAUCCUGUUUUAAAAAUGUAUUGUAUAAGUUAUCAAUGUCUUCCGUUCUGCAGGAGAGAACUAAUGUUUAAAAAAUGGUCAACUUAUUUCUAAAUUCAGUUAAACCUGAACAAAAUGCCAGAGGACACUAAAAAGUAUUGUGCAUUUGUUUAAAUGCAGACAUUUUAAAGUUUUAUUAAAAAAAAAGACUUUGUAGUAUA